UUCAAAUGUCGAGUUCACUGGCCCCCCUUCAAGAAAAAUAUGGCCGGCUUGAGAAGGAAGCCUCGUGCGAGACGAUAUCCAGCUCUUUCUCAAGAGGAAGAAGGUAAAUGGAAAGGACCUUUCGUAUUUAUUCUUGGCGCUGAUACUCAGUUUGGCUUAAAGGACAGUUACAGCGGUAUAGCUGAACACGAACGAACAUGGAAGGAUGAAAUUGAUUGGGCAAAAGUUGCGGUUAAGGCUGCAAACGAGAUGCGUCCAAAGCCAAGAUUUUUUGUUGUAUGUGGAGACAUGAUCGAUGCUUUUCCCGGUACGAGAAAUUACGACGAGCAGUAUCGAGAUUUUAAGACAGUUUUUGAUGAAUUAGAUAAUGAAAUUCCGUUGAUAUGUGUCUGUGGAAAUCACGAUAUUGGAAAUCAACCAACUGUCGAGGGCAUUUCUAAAUAUAGAAACAGCUAUGGAGAUGAUUAUUACAGUUUUUGGGUUGGUGGUGUAUUGUUCAUUACCGUAAAUAGUCAGUACUAUUAUAAUUCAAGCCUAAAAUCAUUGAGGGACGUACAGGAUACAUGGUUGGAUAAACAACUAGAACUAGCAGCAAUUGCAAAACAUGUUGUUAUAUUUCAACACAUCCCAUUGUUUGUUAAACAUGCGGAUGAAGAUGAACAUUAUGGUAAUUUUCCAACUGAGGAGCGCUCCAAAAUGUUAAAGAAACUGAAAAAUGCUGGUGUCAGGUAUGUUUUUGCUGGACAUUACCACAGGAAUGCAGGAGGCUUCCAUGGCAAUUUAGAAAUGAUUGUUACAAGUGCAAUUGGUUUCCCUCUUGGAGAUGACGAAAAUGGUAUCCGUAUUGUCACUGUUAUGGAGGAGAAGAUUACUCAUGAAUUUGUUAGUUUGAAUGAAAUUCCUAAAAGUGUUGAAGAUUGGGAAGGUAGUGUGAACUUUUAAGUGCUACUUUUAUUUUGGAUAUUCAGUAGCUUAGCAAAAUUAUGUAUAUCAUUUGGAGGGGGGGGUGGGCACAUAUUCAUAUCUACCCAUUCUGCCUUGAAAUCAAUUGUUUCCUAUGGAUGAAGACAUGCAUUUUUGAAUUUAUGUGCCCCCCCAAAAUUAACGAAUUUGCCAUGACACUGUGAAUAUCAUAAUGUGAUGCAACUAUGUCGAUUUGUUUGAACCUGGCAAAAAAUUGACAACCUUUGUUGACAGUUUGCAUGGUCAACAAUUUGCAUUGGACUCAAAUCAGUUGCACAGCCAGAAGCUCUUUCCUUCGUAUAUAACACUACAAACUUACUCGCAACGCAAGCAAAACAAAAUUGAUAGAGAAAUAGAAGACAUUUGUACGUUGUUGUACUUAAAGAAGACAUGCGUGAUGUUUUCAUACAAAUUACUUAAAAACUCUCAUAUUUCCAUGGUUAAUGUGGUUAAUGAUGAAGGAGCGGACGUGUGUGGAAGCGGGGAGCGAAAGAACGGGGAAGGAUGUAUUAGAACGUGCUAUUGUUAAACAAGAAAUGGAAAUCAAAUCUAUAUAACGUUGAACAAACUUGUUUAAAAUGUUCUUUCUUUGCACAGCUAAAGUGAAUAAGUGCUUCGGUGGUUUUGGCGGUAAAAAAUGAUCAAUGUAAAGUCGAAAAAACUGUGAACAAUUUAAGAUGUUUAAGAUGUUCAUUCUUCGAAGGAACUACGCAUUUUGUAGGCUACGAGCAUAAACCAAAAAUUCCACUACUAUUUCUAUAUUAAACGUUACCUAAAGAUCACGAAACAGUGAAUAUUUUAAAAAUCGUCAGUUUGAAUUUGUUUGACGAUGCUGUCUAGUCUAUGUAAGAUUUGUCCUUAUAUAUGUUUAUCAGCAUAAAGUAGGAACCAUCCCGAUUGGCUUAAUUUCUUUUUGGAAAAAUCCCUUGACCUGGAGUCCAAUCGGGAUGGCCAUCAGUGGAUAGUGUGAGGGCUAAUUAGAAGCUGCAAAACCACCCACUCUCGAGAAUGCUUAGCUCGUGUUCAAAUUCGUGUUGCACUGGCAAACAGUUCUGUCGAGUAUAUAAGUAAUUUAUCAAAAAAAAUAUAUUAAAAUAUAUGUUACUUCACCUUUUUA